GGUGCGGCGCACGACCUUUGCCUCUUCGCCAGCACCCACGCACAAAGGGGCCGGGUAAGCGUGCACAUCACCCUUCAUGCUGCAUGCUCGCUCCGACGUGCCCAUCUGCGGCAGCGGCGGGGCACUUCGGCAUCGGCGUCGGCGCCGAAGCAGGGGCCGCUGCGUCUGUUUGCGCCGCAGGACUGAGGCAUCGCAGCAGCACGCCAGCGGUGUGUUCUCGUCAGGGCGGCCUGCGCCCUGAGCUACGGGCACCCCUGAUACGAGUAUAAGAGGUGGCGCUGCGCUCAUCCCCGAUCUGGCUGCCCAUACGUCUCGCCUGUGGUACUCUGCACGCCAUGCGCUACUCUCUCUUCCUCCUCUGCAGCCUCGCCUUCGUGCUGCUCUGCGGCAGUGAGGCUGCAGCGGCGCCAAGCAAGUCGGACCGAGGCGUCGCUCGCCACCGUCUCAACGGCUACUCGCUGAAAGCACAGAGGCGCCUCUGCGAAGCCGUGCUGCAGCACUACCCCAAGCCCAAGCGCGUCACGACGACGACCACGACCGUCACGCCCCUCGCCACCGCCACCAGCACCACCUCGUUUGCCGUCGCGACGGUGACGGUUGACGGUCCGACCUUCGACGAUCCCGAGCGCCGUGGCACGUUCCAGCUGCCCGAGAACCUGCGCUGCUUCAAGCAGACGCUGCUGCGCGAGCUCUGCCUCGAGGUCUUCUACGGCAAGGUCAGCAGCACCUCGGUCGUCGUCGCCACCGCUCCGACGCGCACCUCGACGGUUGUGGUCACCGACUCGGUCACGGUCACGACGACGCAGCGUGUGCUGCCCACCGACUCGACGGCAUACUGCGGCGACUCGAGCUGCUCGUGCACCGUCGUGCAGACGCCCAAGCGCGUCAUCACCUGCAAGUACCGCUUCAAGGGUGCGCCGAGCAGCUUCAACGUUCCUUGCUCCGGCAAGCUGCAGGCGCGCCUCAUCGGUGGCGGCCGCAAUUCCAAGUCGCAGCCAAGCCUCGUCGAGUCGGAGGCGGUGCAGCGGCCAGGUGCGACAAGUGACGGAGGCGUCUUCAAGGUCGGCGAACAGUUCGAAGUCAUUGUCGGAGGAGCAGGCGAGCAGGAGGACUACCCGUCCACGGUCAAGCCGCAAGGGGGCUAUGGCGGCGGCAAGGGGGGCGCGGGCUUCUACGGCGAUGCUGGCGGUGGCUCCUCGGAUCUCCUGCUGCAGGGCGCCCGCCUCCUCGUCGCAGGCGGCUCGGGAGGUGCGUCAGAAAGCCGAGAGGCGUCGCUGCCGCCGGACGUGGACCACCAGUGCAGCGGAGUGGAUGGAUGCAACGCCAACUUCCUCUCCGGCGGCGGAGGUGGCGGUCUCCGUGGCGGCCAAUCGGGCCGCUACACCGGCGCCGGCUAUGGCGGCUCGUCGCUGUACAAUGCCGGCGACCUCUACAUCGCGCAGGUCAACCCCACAGACCCGGGCUUCGCCCCUGGCGUCACUCUGACGUACACCUGCAACGCCUAGACCUCGCCUCGUGCCAGACGUGCCCCUGCCUCUCCAUGUACACAGUGACCGUCCUCGGGAUACCAAGCUCUUGCUCCGUGUGUGGAGUGCACCGUGACG